AUGUCACCCGUUACCAAUGACCACCAAACCGGCUUACUGGCGCAAGCCCAGCGUAUUGCUGAUGAAUUCAACUUCGGUCCUGAAGAUGUCCAGCGUGUGGCAGGUCAUUUCGUUCGCCAAAUGAGAGAUGGCCUCGUCAAUAACCGCGCAUGGCAGCUCCCAAGUUUCGUGACAAGCGUGCCGACAGGGGCGGAGAAGGGUACCUUUCUAGCGGUUGACCUAGGAGGUAGUAAUUGCAGGAUAUGUCUUGUCAAUUUGCAUGGCGAUUCUACCUUUACAGUGACCCAGAGCAGACACAGGGUACCACCCGAGGUCAUGGUGUGCCAAAGCUAUAAACCUCUAUUCGAUUUUAUUGCAGGAAAGAUUGGAGAUUUCCUCGUCGAGAAUUCAGCUUCUGAUGCCAAAGGCCACAAUGGCAUACACGAUCAACGCGCUACACCAUACAGAUUAGGAUUCACAUUCAGCUUCACCUGCGAACAAACAUCCCUCGCGAGCGGAACACUCAUUCGCUGGGAUAAAGGCUGGGAUAUUCCGGAGGCAGUGGGAAAGGAUCCUUGUAUGAUGCUACAAGAGGCUAUCGACAAACUGGAAUUGCCAGUGUUGGUCACGGUGCUCGCCAAUGAUAGUGUUGGCACGCUCUUGACAAGAUCGUAUACCGCAGGUCAGAAGAGUUCCACACUGGCUGCGGUGAUAUUCGGAACGGGCACGAAUGCCGCAUAUGUUGAGAAAAUAUCUAAUUUAAAACGACUCGGUACGGCAAGGGGAGGCACAGGCCAGAUAAUGGUGAUAAAUACUGAAUGGGGCUGUUUGGAUGACAAAAUGGAAGUUUUACCGCGGACUCUUUAUGAUGACCAGCUUGAUACGGAAUCGACCGAUCCUGGCAGCCAAAUGUUUGAAAAAAGGAUCUCGGGAAUGUAUUUGGGUGAGCUCCUGCGGCUAGUACUUGUGCAAUUGGUGCAAGGGGGUGCCUUUGAGAUGAGCGUUAAUAAAGAGUCAACACUGCUCCAAAGACAGGGGGUUGAUAGCUCUUUUUUAUCCGAACUUGCAAUUGCAGGUAGUGGUUCCCGAGCUUCUACUCUUGUCGAAAACCAUUUAUCCGCAAAGAAUGUCACGAUAAGCGAUGUGCAAGCCAUACAAGUGCUCUCUACUGCUAUUGUACGCCGAGCAGCACGACUAGCUGGAGCAUCAUUGGCAGCUAUCCUAAUACAGAGUGGUCGACUUGAAUCCUCUUUAGCACAGAUGAAGUAUCCCGACGCCCAGAUUUCAGAACGCGAAGCUUCAGCCACUACGAAUACACCUAUUUCUAGCGUUCAAAGACUUCGCCUCAAACUGAAUUCGUUAUUGCGCCGGAUCAUCAAACUAUUCGCCCGCUUGAACUUGUCUCGACAAAAGUCUCCAUCGGCUAGUAUCCUCCCACGUUUUUCCAAGACCGUGGAGCCUGAUCCGGAAAAGUCGAUUAUUGAUAUCGGUGCCGAUGGCUCACUAUUUGAGUUAUACCCAACAUUCGAGGCCGAUAUUCGUGGGGCACUUCAAGAGGUCCAGGAAAUCGGACAAGCUGGCGAGAAUAAAGUGCGUAUAGGCCUUGCCAAGGAUGGAUCUGGUGUCGGAGCUGCUUUAAUGGCGCAAGCAGCGUUUGAAAUGGAGAAAAGAGAAGAACAAUAA